AUGCAACCUCUCUUCGACGGCGACGACAGACAGAAAAGGCUAAUCAAUCUCGGUGGUGCCUCCACAGUUGCUUCACAUGAUGAUGUCCUUCAAAACGCAAGGGCAGGACGCAAUGAGCGCCUACAGCAACGCCGCAGCGAAGAGGCGGCCAUCACUAUUCAGUCCCUUUGGCGAGGCCAUGUUACAAGAAGGAGAGUCAGAGCAGAGUUAGCUAGCAGAUUUGAUUCAGAUCCGUCGAGCAUCGACGCGAUGAGAUGCCUCGUAUUGCUCAAAGAUGAUGAAGAAAGAUUGUGUAUUUGGUCUGAGCACAUUGUCAGUGAUGGGCAGGCUGAGCUAGCAUCUGGGCCUGAACAAGGCAGCUGGCUCGUGCUGGUUUGCCAACUUGCUGUUCAGCUACUACGAUCUGUCUCACGCGAUUCGAGUUCUCAAUAUGCAAAUACCCAUCUCACUUUAAUCAACGGACUUCUAGACCCUUCACUCGCGCAAUCCCGUACUAUAAUGUUUUACUUGUCGCAACAUAACUAUUAUCCCAUUCUAAAAGAUGCGGUCGAAAGAAUCAAUAUAGACGCGAGAAAGACGUCGUCUGCGCUUCCGCUGCUCGUCCCCUUGUUCACGGCACCAUUCAAUCUGGCUUCCGGAGAUUCCAAGCUCUAUUCAACAUAUUUCGCAGAGACAGCAAGAUACAUUCUCACCAUUCCACUUCUUCUGUACAGACUUCCCCUGCAAUCACUUUCGGCAUUUUCUGCACGUCUUCCACUUCAUGAGAUCCACCUUCUUAAUCCGAAUAUUGGAAGCCUCACAGCAAUGCCACUGAAGGACAGGUUACAUUUGCUCGCGAACCUCUCAGCACUUAUGCCUCCACGAUAUAAGUUUCUGAAAACUGCGCAGCCAUUAGAAACCUUUUUGAAGCUCCUUUCCUCGCUUCUCUCGGGCUUGCCCGCUCAUGCAUUUGAAGCACCCGCUUCGGAUGCAGCACAAAGCUCUUGGGCGCAUGAUGAAGAUUCAGACGAUGAAGAGAUGCAGCCAGCAGCUGGUCCUUCUUCAGCACCAAAGCAACCACCAAAAGAGAUGCUCGAAGUUGACUCGAAGACUCGGACGCGACUAAGUACAUUAGGAUCUCAUGAGCACGUUUGUGCACUCAUUGCUGCAAGUGUAUCGUUUCCCUCAACAAGGCUGGCACUAUAUGCAUUCUUCAUGGCAUUGUAUACCGUCUGGCCUACCUCGAGACUGGAUAUUUUGUCGAGCGUCCUCGGUAGUGCAGGAGGUGGACUCGUACGAGAAUUAUACCGCGGUUACGUUCGUGGCUCUCCUCUAGCCAAGGAAGGAGACGAUAACGUGCGUACACUCACUGAUCCGACACACGGGAACGAUUGGCUCCCGCUUUUGUUCUUGACGGAUAUUUAUACUCAAGCACUGCUUACGAUGGGAGAUGACGAGUUUUUUGCUUCACGGAUGUCGGCUGCUUCUACGACUUCAAAAGCCGUAUAUCGCAAUCCACUGACUGUUGACGAGGUUGUGUCGUUCUCUCGUCAGCUCAUGAACAUUGCGUUUACGUUGUACUGGAAUGAGUCAGCAGUCUCUGAAGGAACUGCGCCUGGGACACCCGUUGCUUGGGAGAUUGUGCGAGACAAGAUGACAAAGCUAUUACAGGCUAUACAUGCCCGAGACUCGAGAAGACCUUUCACGCCUCAAAAUCAUUGGCUGUGCUCAUCACAGAUUGACCUCAAUUCGUUCAUUGAAGCGGCGGUGAGCGAAGACCAAACACUCUCUGCCUCUGGUAAUACGUUCUCUCAUCGCGGUGGACGUGCCACGAACAAACGACUCCUUACGCACCUCUCGCCACGCCUGGGUAUAUUAAACAACAUUCCGUUUGCGAUCCCGUUUGAGACACGCGUGGAAAUAUUCCGCACGUUUGUUAGGGCCGAUAUGAUUGCAUUUGCGGGAAGUACGUCGCGUUAUGAGCGUGCUCACAUGGCUUCCCGGGCACGCGUGGUAGUGCAUCGAGGGAAUGUUGCUGCUGAUGGUUUUGAUAAGCUCGCGAAUAUGAACUUGAAGGGCCUCAUUGAGAUUCAAUUUGUUGAUCAGUUCGGGAAUACAGAAGCUGGGAUAGAUGGUGGAGGUGUAUUCAAGGAAUUCUUCACGUCUCUUUGCAAAGAGGUAUUCGACACCGACCGCGGGCUGUGGCUGGCAACAAAACAGAAUGAACUGUAUCCGAAUCCACAUUCGUACGCAAAAGAACCUCAUAGCUUGGAGUGGUACCGAUUCAUCGGGCGAAUAUUGGGUAAGGCAUUAUACGAAGGUAUUCUCGUUGACGUUGCCUUUGCCGGAUUCUUCCUUGCGAAGUGGUUAGGGAAACAAAGCUACUUGGAUGACCUCGCUUCACUUGACCCAGAGCUGUACCAAGGCCUUCUGUUCUUAAAAAACUACGACGACAAUCCGCAAGACCUAUCGCUGACAUUUGCAGUGAGUGAAGAGGAAUUCGGUGCUGCAAAGACAAGAGAACUAAUCCCUAAUGGAAGCAACACACCUGUGACGAAGGAGAAUCGCUUACCAUACAUCUAUCUAAUGUGCCACUACCACUUGUCAAAAAAGAUUCGGUCACAGAGUGAAGCUUUCUUUGAAGGACUUUCAGAAAUGAUUGACCCGAAGUGGAUUCGAAUGUUCAACCAGCAGGAACUACAAAUUCUGAUUGGAGGCGUAAACGCACCGAUUGACCUUGAUGACUUACGGAAAAACACGAAUUACGGAGGCUUCAAGGAUGAUGAUCCAGUCAUCGAAGCAUUCUGGAGGGUUGUUAGCUCGUUCGAUCAGGAACAGCGUAGGAUGCUUCUCCGAUUUGUGACGAGCUGUAGUCGACCACCGCUUCUAGGAUUCAAAGAACUUCAACCGCUUUUCUCCAUCCGUCGUGCUAGCGAAGACCAAAGCCGACUUCCUACAGCCAGUACAUGUGUCAAUCUCCUCAAGCUACCUGCAUACCAAGACGAGCGAGUAAUGAAGUCCAAGCUCCUCCAAGCUAUUUCUUCUGGUGCAGGCUUCGACUUGUCCUAGAGUAAUAUUACAUAGUUGUUGCAGAGUGUUGUGUGAAAAAUUGUUUUGUAAUGUAAUGUCUUGAAGCG